GACUCGGACACACCCAGCAAGCUGCCUUUGGGGCUGAUAUAAACCAAGCCUCAGAUCAGAGCUGGAAUUGUCAGGUCAAAAGUAAUAUCAGGAAAGAAGCUGUGCUGCUGUACAGGUUGACUACAAACAUGGAUCCUGCCACAUCAGAAAAUGCCCCAGAGGUUGCAGUCUCUGAAGCCGUACCUCCUCAGGAUUCAGAAACAAAAGAACCAGAACCGCCCAAAACAGAUACAGAACCUGAGACUGCAAACAGUCAAGAACCUCCACCUGAGACAAAAGAGCCAGAACAGACGACAUCAGAACCACCUACUGACCCGGAACCUGAGAUUGCAAAAUGUCAAGCUAUCCCUCCCCCGGUUCCUGAUGCAGAAGAGUCAGAACAGCCUAAAACCGACCCAGAACCUGUACCAGAAUUUGAGAUUUGUUACCUGCCCGCACCUGAGCCAUCUCCACCUGCACCAAUCUUGCUGACCGAUGACGUAUCUAACACCACUAACACAGAGCCUGAAAUAGCUGUCUGUCAGAUUUAUGGACCAGAAACUACACAAGAAAACAAUGAUGAAUCCAAACCAUCUGAAGAUUCAAACCCUGAAGUAGCUGGACCAGAAACUACACAAGAAAACAAUGAAUCCAAACCAUCUGAAGAGCCAAAACCUGAAAUAGCAGUCUGUCAAAUUUUUGGACCAGAAACUACACAAGAAAACAACGAUGAAUCCAAGCCAUCAGAUUCAGAACCUGUUGCUAUAGCCUGCCCAUUGGAACCACCACAAGAAAAUCCAGGUCAAUCAGAACCUUCUAAAGAACCAGAACCUGAAAGCAAAGAUCCUGAGGAGACGCCUCUUUCUCGGCUGCUUUCUCUACAAAAUUCCAAUGGGUUCUGGGCUCCCAAUGAGAAACUGGCCUCUGCCUUGGGAGUAUCGGAGGGCUUCAAUGAAAACCGUCCAGAGGAAGCCGAUGUUCCAUUUUGGGCUACUGUCCUAGCGGUGCUUUCACUUUAUGGAUCUUUCACCGAGCAGAAGGAAGAGUGGGGUUCUCAGGGAGAGAAGGCGGUGUCAUGGCUCCAGUCCAAAAAUGAACCUGCCUUGAAUGAUUUGGUCAAAGCUGGGAAUGAAUUGCUGAAAACGUCUGUGGAAGUUGCUGUAUUUGGCUUGUGAAAGGAGACCAUACUGGCCAUGGGAUGGAUGGGAUACGAAGUCCUCUCUGAUACUGAAAUAUUCCUGCCAUACAUGCUCUCUCGCUGGCAUUCAGAAUGUAACCAUUAAAUUCCUUUAACCUGUAGACAA